CCAGGAGGAAGUUGACAGUUCAACUUCAAACACGGAUGACGCAGGCCCCACGCUGCCUGCUCCCCUGUCCCACCCCUGCCCGCGCCGGCCCGCCCCACCCCUCCUCCCUGAGAGGGAGACCCGGGAACCAGACACCCUUCGCCCACAGGUGCCGAGCUUGGCGAGGCUGAGGCAGGAGGAGGCCGCGCCCAUGGGGUCUCAGCAACCACCACUGGCCGCCCUGUACCUGCUGGGGGUGCUGGUCACUUCCUGCCUGGGAGGGCCCAACUUGGAGAACUCAGGGCUCCGGGUGAGACUGACAAGCUCCAACUCGCACUGCCAGGGCCAGCUGGAGGUCUCCUUCAAGACCAACAAACUGUGGCACACGGUGUCUAGCCGGAGCUGGGGGAAGAACCCGAACCACUGGGAGGACCCCAAGCAGGCCUCGAAUCUCUGCCGCCUGCUGUCCUGCGGGGAGGCCGUGGCCUUUGCCCACUUCCCUGACUUCAACAGUCCCAAGAACCAGAUCACCUGCCACGGAUUCAUGGGGUCCUUCUCCAACUGCAGCUUCAGCAACACAAACCAGAGGGACCCUCUGGGCCUGAUCUGCCUGGAGCCGCCCAGGACAGCACCUCCUCCCACGACCCCCCCCCCCACAACCACUCCGCAGCCCACAGCCCCUCCCAGGCUGCAGCUGGUGGCAGGGCCCGGGGGCCUGCGGUGUGCCGGCGUCGUGGAGUUCUACUGGGGCAGCCGGGGUGGUGCCAUCAGCUACGAGGCGCAGGACAAGACCCAGGACCUGGAGAACCGUAUCUGUGAGGCCCUCCAAUGUGGCUCCUUCCUGAAGCAUCUGCCAGAGGAGGACACCGCCAGGGCCCAAGACCCAGAGGAGAGCAGGCCCUUGCCAAUUCGAUGGAAGAUCCAGAACACGAGCUGUGCCUCCCUGGAGCAGUGCUUCAGUAAAGUCCAGCCCCGUGAGGGCGGCCGAGCUCUGGCCAUCGUCUGUUCUGAUUUCCAGCCCAAGGUGCAGAGCCGCCUGGUGGGACGCCGCAGCCUGUGUGAGGGGUCCGUGGAGGUGCGCCAGGGCAAGCAGUGGGAAGUCCUGUGCGACAGCCCCCGGCCCAAGGGCACGGCGCGGUGGGAGGAGGUGUGCCAGGAGCUGCAGUGCGGCAGCGUCGACUCCUACCGGGUGCUGGAUGCCAUCGAGACCUCCCAUGGGCUCUUCUGUCCCCAGGAGAAGCUGUCCCAGUGCUAUCAGCUUCAAGAGAAAAAAGCCUACUGUAGGAGGGUGUUUGUCACAUGCCAUGACCCAAACCCAGCAGGCCCGGGCGCAGGCACCGUGAUGAGCAUCAUCCUGGGCCUCGUGCUCUUGGCCGUGCUGCUGGUCGCGUGCGGCCCUCAUGCCUACCGGAAACUGGUGAAGAAAUUCCGCCAGAAGAAGCAACGCCAGUGGAUUGGCCCGACAGGAAUGAACCAGAACAUGUCUUUCCAUCGCAACCACACGGCCACCGUCCGGUCCCAGGUUGAGAACCCCGCAGUGUCACACGUGGAGAAUGAAUAUAGUCACCCUCCUAGGAACUCCCACAUCUCUGCUUGCCCAGCUCUGGAAGGGGCCUUGCAUCGUGUUUCCACCCAGCCCGAUAACUCCUCCGACAGUGACUACGAUUUGCACGGGGCUCAGAGGCUGUGAAAGAACCAGCACCAGGCACAGAACGGCAAGAGCCCGACCUUUUUCCGGAACACUCUGCAUUCGCCCCUUGGAAAUUAUUUCUGUCCCCAAACCAGGAAAUGUACCGAGGCAAGGGUGCCUUCCGACAUGUCCUACGUCCCUGCCGCCGAAUGCCGCGGGAGCCUGGCCCAGUGAGGACCCCCAAAACAGCUCGGCUGCGCCUCUGAGUGCGGGGGCCGUGAAAGGCAGAGCCCAGAGACAGACACGCGGGGAGCAGCGCCGAGAGGAAUCAGUUCUGUCCUCAGACUCUGCCCCCAGUGAGGACAAACAAGGAAGCGCCUCUCUGCCGUGGGGUGGGGGCUCAGUUCUCCAGUGGAUGUUUAAUAUGUUCUUUGUAAAUAACAGCUUUUCUACUUCCUGAGAA